UUCUGCUGGAGGGAGAGAGAAGGAGGGAAGCCACAAGGAGCAGCAGCAGCAGCAGCAGCAGCAGGAAGAAGAAGAAGAAGGGAGCCUCUGCUUGCCUUGCAGCCAGGGAGCCCGCCUGGGAAAGGCGGAGGAAGAAGAGGAGAAGGACUCCCAUCUGCUCCCCCUUGCCUUGCCCAAAAGAGACUGGGGGCUUCUGCCUGGCACUGUGAAGGUCCACCAUGUCUGACAGGAAGGCUGUGAUCAAAAAUGCGGACAUGUCUGAAGAUAUGCAGCAGGAUGCUGUCGACUGUGCCACGCAGGCCAUGGAAAAGUACAACAUAGAGAAGGACAUUGCAGCAUAUAUCAAAAAGGAAUUUGACAAGAAAUACAACCCCACUUGGCACUGCAUCGUGGGCAGGAAUUUUGGCAGCUACGUAACGCACGAGACAAAGCAUUUCAUCUAUUUCUACUUGGGCCAGGUUGCAAUUCUCCUCUUCAAGUCAGGCUAGGAGGCAGGCAAUGGUGGGGGGACACGGCAGAUGAGGAACGGACUGUAGUGCACUGAAGGUGGGGGCCUGGGCUCCCAUUGCCAUGGCUGUGCCGCUGCAUGGACUGUAUACUAUAUUAAAUGUGUAUAUGUUGCAGUACAAAAAAAAAAACCACCUAAAAUUCUGUUCAUAAUUUUUUUGUUGUUGCCUGGGAGAAGAAAGGCAGCGAAUUCUUCUAUCCCUCUUCCCUUUUUUUUUAUUUGUAUUGGGUACUUGCUCUAUUAUUAUUUUUUUGUUAAUUUCUGGGUUUAUUUUUUGCACUAGGAGAACUGUAAAACGCUUCAUUCAUGGCCUUUAAGUGGGAAGAAGAAAUAAUCACGGUAAUAAAUGAAUAAAUAAAAGAGAACCUUUAAUGCCA